UAUAAUUAUGUUUUAAAAUACUUCUAUAGAAACGUAGGUUGUAUAUCUUAGUUUUUUGCGCAAACCUUUUUUUUCAUAUGAGAAUACUUUCCACGUGCCGAAAAAAUAAUUAAAACUUCGUGCCACAACCUCGCAUUCCGCCCCGCACAAAUUAACGUCAAAGCGAUCCUCCACACUCAUCGAGAACCCACCCUUAACAUCUCUCACAAAAUAUGCAUAAUACCCACUUAAACCCUCUAUCCGCUUUGAUAUAAAGAACGUAAUGAGUUGCCAAAGCAUUGUUCAAUCAAACACGACACAGACUACUCCUGUAAAAUGGAAUCUUUGUGGCAGAAUUUUAGGUCUAUCUUGCGUAGAUUUCUCCCGUACGGAGUGUUAGAUUCGUGGGAUGAUUUGAAUCCUCGUCUCUACCUGGCUGUGCAUAUCUAUUGGCUGAAGUUCUUCGGCAUGUGGUACAACAAGCACUCCCCGCGAAGCCCCCUGUACUGGCUGCAGCUGCUGUAUGGGGCCGUCGUGUUGUUCCUCACCUGUAUCCUGCCGACUUUCGGCGAAGUCUACUAUUUGUUGCAGCACACGGAUGAUGUCGGCGAUAUUGCUGAAGGCCUAUACCUGUUCCUGAGCGAGAUCUACACGUUCUUCAAGAUCAGCGUGUUCUGGUGGAACAAGGCGGCCAUCUUGUCUCUCCUUCAGUACCUCCACUGCCCCGAGUUCCGUGCGACGGAGCCCGAGCACCGGCCCGCGCUGCGCCGCCGCGUGGCCGCCGCGCGGUUUGUCAUGACGUACUACUCUACCAUGUGCGUCGGCGCUGUUUCUGUGGGUAUAAUAAUGCCUAUGACUGAAAACUUUGAAGUUUUGCCGACCAACGUGGAAUAUCCAUACAUCGAUGUGUACCGCUCUCCCAUUUAUUGGAUUAUGUAUUUACACCAUGUGUACUACAAGCCGGCGGUGUGCAUCAUCGACGGGGUGAUGGACACCAUACUUGCUGCGUUCAUCGCCGCCGCUAUCGGCCAGAUAGAGAUCCUGGCGUUCAACCUUCAGAACUUCGACAUGCUGGCGGAGCGACGCCGGCGCCGCGACGCGGACGCGGGGAGGGGGGUGGCCGCGGGGAAGGGGGUGGACGCGGGGAAGGGGGCCGUGGCGCGCCCUGACGACUACUAUGUCAUGGCCGUACUCAAGGACUGCAUUAAGCAUCAUAACAGCAUUAUAAGCUACGUGGCGCUGAUCGAGCGCGCGUUCAGCCUGGCGUCGGUGCUGCAGCUGAUGCUGAGCGCCAUGGUGCUGUGUCUCGUCGGGGUGCAGUUCCUGUCGAUCGAGAACCCGGCGAGCCACCCGAUGCAGAUCAUGUGGAUGGUGAUCUACCUGUCGUGCAUGCUCAUCGAGGUGUUCAUCCUGUGCUGGUUCGGGGACGACCUCAUCUGGAAGAGCUCGUCGCUCCGCCAGGCCGCGUUCGACGGCCCGUGGCGGCGCUGCGGGCGGCGCGCGGCGCGCUGCGUGCUGCUGCUCAUGACGCGCUGCCAGCGCCCGCUCGCCGUCACUGCCGGCAAGAUCUUCCCGCUCUCGCUGCAAACAUACACUGUGUUGAUCAACUGGUCGUACAAGGCGUUUGCUGUUAUGAGCAACAUGAAAACGUGAAUUCUUCUAAGUUUACUAAGUAUUUUUGGAAAAAUAUUAUGCUGUGUAAACUAGGAAUUAGUUAAUGAACAUGCAAUUAAAU